UGGUGUCCCAUGCCCGGGCACAAACAUUCCUGUCCUGGGGGAUGAUUCUCUGAGUCAUGCAGAGGAAAAGAAGCGUUCUGAUGUAAAAGAUAACAGGAAGGCGUUCAGCACGCUGUGUGCCAGCAGGACACCUGCAGAGCUGCCGCAGGGGUGGAAGUGAGCCACAGGCUGCAUGGGGAGUGCUGAGAAAACUGCACGGCUGCACAAAUCUGACGCCAAAGCAGGGCUCUAUUUUUGGUCUCCGCUCUGCGUUUCUGACACCUGUAGGGACGCGUGAAGCGCACAGGAGACUUGUGCAGCACCUCCCGGAGCGGAGGAGCCGCCGCAGGGCAUGGGAGCGCAGCGGAGCAUUCCUGCUUAGCCAACAGGACUAAUUAUAACCCAGGAAUAUGAACUGUAAAUGUGCUGAAGCUGCCAAGACGGGAGCUGGGUGUGUGCCAGAGCUUGAAUGAGGACACACCAUCCUGCGAGGACUCUCCGGGAGCAGCAGCAGCAGCAGCGAGGUACGCGCGGAGCCGCACGGAGGGAGAUGGACACGGGGGGACUGCAGGAGGACGGUAUAUUUAUCAGAUACAUUCUGUGAUCUCUACCAGUGAACCUGCACAAGCAAUUCCUUUCUAAGCUCACUCUUCUUGGUCUUUGUACUGCUCAAACUCCCAGAGAAUUACACUUAACAAGACCAUAUUACCUACUGAGAAAUAUAAUGACUGAAUUCCUGGUUUGUUUUAAUUGGUGCAAUGGUGAACAGCCCCCACCGAAGAGGCGUCGGAGGCUGGACCGGAAUAUGAUUGGAGAGCCAAUGAACUUUGUACACACCGCACACGUCGGGGCUGGAGAGAUGAGUAGUGACUAUUCCUCAGCUAUGUCAAUUCAGGACCACAUGAAGUCUAAAGGUGGCUAUACAAAUGGCACUUCUGCAACUGUUGAAAUAUAGGUAACUGAGAGAAGGCUGAAAUCUGCUGUCUUAUGAGGACCCCCUGGACUGUGCUUUCAUAUUUUCUAAAACCUUGUUAUCAUGGAGUAGGGAGAGUACCUGAACUUAAAAUGGGUCAGUAGAAGCUUUGGUGUUCUUUGCACAAUAUCUUCUGAAGGAGUUAUUGUAAAUUAUCCUUAAAAUGGUCUGUCAUGGUAGUGUUGUAGUAGCAACUGUAAUUUGUCACUAAGGAUGACUUCCUACCUCUAUCCCAGAAGCCUCUCAAAGCUGUCAUAUAAGAUGGGAUUGGAAGUCAGGACGAAUUGUCUGGGAUUUUGGCAUCUGUCUUUUUCUCCUCUCAGGAAAUGCAGAGGGUAUUUAAUUGGAAGGUAUUGCAUGAUUUCACUUCUUACAUGGGCUAAACUGAGUUGCUAAGUGUGACCUUGUAGCUGUCAGAUAACUUUGGACCUGUUUUUUAGAUUCUUUACAACCUAAUGCAUAAAUCUUUGGUAUUUUUAAUGCCUUUUGAUAGUGAAUGAACUCUAAUAUAGGAUAGUUAGCUGAGUCUGCAAAACACAGUGAAACUUCUGCCUUGCCAAGAUAACACUUUUCUAUCUAAAAAUGGAGCUUUUGCAAACGUUCUGACUCUCAAAUGAGGCUUAGAACAAGAGAUAUGUCCCUCAGUGACUGGGCUGCCUCCCACCCAUGCACACACACUGCUGUGACUGGCAGCUAUUACUGCAACACAGCUAAUUGUACCCACCAGUUAACUUCCAGUGGUGCUACUAUAUGCUUACAACUGUGUGUUAGUUUUGCAUGACUACCAUUGAAUUUUAAACUAAACAUAUUUAAGAUCCCUCUCUUUGUUACCUCUCUGUAAUAGUAACCACACAGGACUUCAAGGGAUAUUUUCCUUGUCUUCUGGCUCCUUAAUUUCAAGACUGUUUUAUAUGAAAUUAAUCUUUUCUUGCAUGUGGUGUAAGUGAUACAGCCAUGUGAAGGACACACAUAUAAAGAAUAUUGUGAAAAGGUGCAGAAGAGUAUUAAAUGGAAACAGCAUUUUGCAGAGUUCCAGCACUUCAUAAAUAUUUAAAUAAAUAUCCAUAAAUAUUUAGACAUAUUCAAAGUACAGUUUAUUACUUACUUCUUAUUCAUCUUUCUAUUAAGUGACAUGACAAAACUGCUGAAGCAGAACUAAGUUUUUCUCUUACCCAAUCACUGACAAUUGUUCCUCAGCUCAAAAUUCUGCAUGACUAUCACUGUAGAAACAGGAAAUCUGCUUGCUCUCAUGGGAUGAACUAAUUACAAGUGUUUAAAUUGUUGCCAUAUCAGCACAAGUUAUGCUGGAGGUCAGCAAACUCUGUCCUUGCUCUAGGCAGCAGAUCAGUUAUGAACAUUUUUCCAUUUAAAAAAAUUUAUAGCUGGCAAAGCUUUUAACUUGUAUGAUUCUGUUUGUAGUGGUGAUACUUCUUAAAUCUAGGCUGCUGGGCUUUGCUGAAUUGUUAGUCUGUCUUUUCUGAGUAUACUAGGGAACUUAAAAAAUGAAUGGUAGCUCUGUGUUUCUGUAUGUUCAAAAAUAUAGCUUUUCCCCUCCUGCAUAUUUUAUCUUUUAGGUCCAAAAAGGAAGAGGGAGUAUUGCUUUUUGUAACAGUCAACAGCUGAUCAUAACAUUCUGUAACUACAUAAGACAAAACUAAUGUCCAUAUCUUGCUACAUCCUUACUCUUGGAUUAGAAUGCACACCAAAUUUUAAUGUAUUUUAAAAUUAGUGUGGUUAACUAUACAUUUAGCUUUUACAAGUCUUUUAUGUUUCUGUCUUCUAAUUUGAGAUACACUCUAACAGCCUAGUAUUAACAGUAUGGUUAAUAUACAGAUUUUAAAGGAGCUAAAUUCUGUACAGUGUUGAGGAAGCAGAAAGUGGCCAGGUUGUUUGAAAGAAUAGAUUCUAUUUCAUCUGCUAUUAUACAGUGUUAAUGCAUUCAGUCAUCUACACCUGCCCAGAAAAAAUAGUGAUAGAGCAAUUGUCACGAAGAAAAUGGGCUGUGUUUUGUUAACACUCUAAGAAAAAACAUUGAACCUAAGUUAGGGUUUCUUGAAGACCCAUUCAGUAGAUUUAAAAUUAGUGGUGUAACUAGAAGUAAUGGAGUUGGUGACUAUUUUAGUUCUUCUCUAAAAAUAAAUGAACAGAAUUUUAUUUAUUAAACACUUAUUUAGACAAAAAUCCAAGUUUUGAUCAUGUAAACCAUGUAGAACUAUCUGUUGUGGAACUAAACUAUUUUCAUCAGACUAUAUAUUGUUAUAUAGAACCAUAAUAAAGUGCAACAUCAUUAAAAAGAAAUGUUUUGCUAAUACAUUAAAAGUAAUUCAUUAAAUUCAUUAAAAAAAUCUAACAAACAUAAACACAUGUCUUAGGGCUUAGGUAUUUUUUGUUCUAUAUUUAGAAACCUUAUGUACCUGUAAUCCAUCAUGUAAUUCAGUAUGAGCCUAUCUUAGUUAUAAUAAAGAUGUUGAACUGGGCACUUACACUCUUUUCAUAUUGUGGAAAAUCUUGGUAUUUUCUCUGCGUUGAAAACCUGUUGGUAAAGUGGAUGGAUCAGCAUGGCUUGAACUUUUAUUGCACAGAAUGAAAUUUCUCCACUAGAGAGCACAGUUUUACAUCAAGUCUUCUCUCUUCUGUGCAAGCUCUUACUCCAUUGUGGGGUUUGGUGGUUUUUUGAGUUUGACUGAAAUAAAAUAUAGAAAUAAUACCAAA